CAUUAUCUUCAAGCAAAAUCAUACGCCGAUAAGUUAAUUACUGUUUUCGGGAAGAUAAUGGACCAAGUGUGUGCAAAAAUAAGCUUUGUUUUUCUUAUACUUUUUUUCGAUAACUGUUAUGGGUUAUUUCAUACCACAUACACUGAUGCCGGUACUAUCAUUGGAAAAAUAGAUGAUGUUUUCUAUAAAGGAAAAACUUACAAAAUGGUAAAUUAUCUUGGAAUACCGUAUUCUGAAGAAGUUAAGGAGUGGAUGAGAUUUAGAAAACUUCACUUCCGUGAACCAUUCAAGAAACCAUACAACGCCACCUACUUCCGCCCGGCAUGUCUGCAGACUGGUCAAGGAUCUACGAUCCAAAAGACGAGUGAAGAUUGUUUGUUUCUAAAUAUUUAUGCACCGGCUGAAAGUUCCAUAAAUCCGAAGAAGAAGUAUCCGGUGAUUAUUUACAUGCAUGGUGGAAACUUUAAAUCUGGUUCUGCAAGCGAGGUAUCACCGGAAAUACUUAGCAUUGCUGGAGAUUUAAUUGUUGUUACGCUAAACUAUCGUCUGGGAAUAUUUGGUUUCUUAAACAGUGGGAAUUCAUUUGCUAGGGGAAAUUACGGCCUCUGGGACCAACAUCUUGCCAUUCGUUGGAUCAGGUACAACAUUGCCUCUUUUGGAGGAAACGUAGAAAAUAUAACUCUGAUGGGUCAAGCAGCUGGCGCAGCCAGCGUCAUGUUUCAGGCAAUGUAUCCGGGGAACCGGGGACUAAUCCAGCGCGUGAUUGCAAUGAGUGGAACCAGCGUAAGUCCGUGGGCGUUACAUGGAACAAAUCUGAGGGACAUCGCCAAAGAGUUAGAAUGUUUGGACGACCAUGAUUCGUUCUCGUUUAGUGACGAACCAUUGGUCAACUGUAUCAAAAACAAACCUGCUGAUGACAUUUUAGCUGCUGGUCUUGCAAUGGAGAAUAUCGGACCGACAAUAGAUGGGGAUUUUUUAAUUGCUCAUCCAUACGAAAUUCUGAAUAUUGUUAAUAACUCCUUCGAAGACGCUAAUGACUUCUUCAGAUCUCUGGAUAUAAUUGUCGGAACAAAUGACUAUGACGGCGGCCAAAUUCUUGAGUUUUCGUUAUCCAUUGAUUUUGGCCUGACUGGCAUAAACGUAUUUUCACUAUUGUCAGAUGAAGUAGAACAAGUUUUGAUACCAAAACUGCUGGAGCCCGUUUUUAAAAAGCAGGAAUUAUUCUUGAAUUACACAUUAAACAAGCAAACGAGAAACAAUGUUCUAUACUCGACGCUUUACCAGUACACAAACUGGACAGAUCCGGACUCCAGUCAGUACAUAAGAGAAAACUUACUCCGGUUAAGUACCGACGUGAACUUCGUGGUUCCAAUCGUUCAACUCGCUGACGGACAUUCUUACACAAACUACAAUUCUUCAACAUACGUUUAUCAGUUUACGCACAAACCCACUUACAAUAUUGACGUCCCAGUUUGGUUAAGAGGAGCCAGUGCCGGAGUAGAGUCGUUCUACAUCUUUGGAUUUCCAGAGAGAAUGAUCAGACGUCGAGGUCUGACCAGGGAAUCAAUUAGCAAGCGCGAGUACCAGCUAGCUGAGAAUAUGAUGCAAUGGAUAGCUAACUUUGCAAGAACAGGCAACCCAAACGAGCCUAGAAAUCUAGUAGGUUUUGGUAACACUUCCGUUCUAUGGCCACGAUACAGUGACGAACGCCCGUACUUGCGUAUCUCUGCCAACAUGUCUUCAGUUGCAUCACCGCAUACACGAUUUGGGGAACCAGCAACCUCGUUUUGGACUACACUUGUUCCUGUUCUUCUGCGAGGAUCACCUCCACCGCAAUAUAAGGGGAACCAAGAUGGAAACACAACCUUUACAGCUUUUCGAAUAAGGCCGGAAAAAAUUGAAAUUGUUAUAAUUUCUUUUAUAAUUGUAUCAUGUGGACUCUUGAUAAUCACACUGCUACUUUUAAUAUGCGCAUGCAGAUCUGUCUUAUGAUUUCAAUAUAAUAUUAUGAUUGUCCGUAAAAUAACUAUUUGUUAAGUUUUGAUAACUUUGAUAAUAAAAAUUUUCACAAUUUA